AUGGUGUACCUCAAGAGCUCCAUCCUUGCUUCAUUCGCGAGAGCCAGCCGUCUGCAUGGUCAGCCCUUCUUCACGCAAAAUGCGCAUAGUGCCAAUUCCACUGCGCUGACCCUGGCGAAGCCCAAGCUUGCUUUGGCAUCUGAGAGGAGCUUUUUCUCAUCUUGGCAAAGCUCGGGUAAUAAUGCGAGCAAUGCUGGUCCUGCUAUACCUCAGAACCUACUGCUUGCAGUCUCAAAUGACGACGGCCGCGAUGUCAAUCGGCUAUCACGGAGAAGAGCUCUCCUGCCUAUGCAAGCGACAAGGCGCUACUCUACAGGCACUCGAGAAGGUGACAGUAUUCCUAUCGAGGCGAUUACAAAAGACCAAUCGACCAACGCAAACCAAGAUGCCGAUGAAGCUCCCAAGAUAAGCGACGAUCAUGCGCCGGUCAUCGCCGGCUUCGCCAAAGCCUGCGAAAAAGGAACUCCCUGGCAUAUUAUUGACGAAUAUGAGCGAGUCAUUCAGGCAGGAGAGACUAUGAACGUUGCAUCUUACGAACUUCUAUUCGAAACAAUCUUGAAGAUUGCAAGCACUCGUUACUCACGAAGAGUUUCGGUCCAGCAGUUGCUUUCUUACUAUGCUCAAAUGGUCGAGAGGGACAUCUCACCAAGCGCCAAGACGUACGAAGCUGUCAUGACUGUACUGCUUCAGCACCGUCACGAUAUAAACGCCCGGGCAAAAGUCGCAGACUCUUUGACUUGGCUCAAAAAUACGAAACAAAGGGUUUUCCAGGAAUUGGCUUCCACUUCACUCGCUUUUGCUGAAGAAAUGGACACUACUGGGACGGCCCUCGAGAUAUUCCAUGCUAGUAUCUGCACCCGCAAGCCAAAGUAUUCAGAUGAAGUCUUGAGACUGUUGCUCGCUGCUUGCGAGGUCGCGGGACGAUCUAAUGACGCUGUGAUUGUAUUUGAUUACAUCACGGCCUCUGGUGUUCAGCGCAUCGCAUCCAUGUACGGCUCGCUCAUCUCGACUUUUGCGAAAGCUGGCGAUAUGGAUGGUGCUAUCGAAUGUUUUAACCAGUACAAAUUGGAUGUCUCCAACUUGCCUCCGCAUGAUCCAUUCCUAAUGUAUACCAGGGUCGUCGACGCGUUCUUCAAAGCAGGAUUGAUCGAGGAAGGACUCGAUUUCUUCGACCGUGCGGUCUCUGCGCGAGGGUCAUAUGCUCGCAGUGUUCACUACGCCCGCAUCGUACAGAUGUUCCUCAAAAUGCAGCAGCCAGAGGCCGCUGAGGACUUCUUGAGGCAGCGCAUGCCAACUAGGCUGUACCCAGAUGAGGGAUUGUGCAGCAUGUUGCUUGACGCUGCUGCACGAGACGACAUGAAGAAGGCUGAUGAAUACUACCGACUCAUCAAAUCUCCUGCUCGAAUGAUGCAGCCGACCGCAACUGCUGGCGGGUACCUUGUCGCUCUGUGCCGUAAUGGACGUCACUCAGAAGCUGCCGACCUCAUUCUCGAAUGGGCCAGUCACGACGUUCCCAUUGGCCUUGCGCAGCUUUCUUAUGCAAUGUCGUCAUUCAUCGCUGCUGGUCAGUGUCAGGCAAGUUGUCGUGUCAUACAUCUUAUUGCCAAGCGCAAGUGCGUCAAACAGGAUCACUUCACUCCAGAGCGUAUCACGAUUUGUAUGGAGAUUCUUUUGUCUGACCUCCAACAAGCCGGCGCCCUGGAUCUGACAAUGUUUGAAAGAUUGCGACCCGCAAUCCAGACGCUGCAGUGGAUGUUCACGCCAGCUUUGAUCCAUGAUAUCUUAGCGAAGCUUUGCACGGUCACUAUGCCAGAUCAGCUUGCCCAGCACCCACUCCUCUUGGAAGUUGCUCUUCAGCUCGCCGUAUCUUACAGCUCACGUCCCGGUGGCAAUCAAGCAUUAGCGUCGUCCCUGCCAGCCCAUUCGCAAUUUCUCGUUCAAUCUGUCAUUGAUGCCGAGGAUGUUCGCCAAGGCACAGUCAAGCAAAAUGACUUGGUUUGCGUGAAAGCACUCGCCGAAGUCCUCGGCUCAGUGGAUGCCAUCGCUCGACUGGACUCGUUUGCCAAGCGGUCAGUACCGACGCCGCCAGAGUCUGUUGCAGAAGGAACUAUUAAGCUGCCCAUCCCCAGCGACAAUUUCAUCUUUGUGCCCGAUGGUGACCCAUUGAUUGACUCCAAAGCAACUCGGAAGAUCAAAGCUGUCGUAACGAGCAGAGAGCCCGGCCGCAUGCAGGAUGAUGUCGUCACCAAGGCCCUACAAGCUACCUUUGAUUCUCCACAAGAGGGGCAUCUCAGCCCAUGGCUCAUUAGUCUGGUAAUCAACGAGCUUGCCAAGGUCGGCAAAGCUUCUAUGCUGACAGCACUCAUGCCUAUGCUGGAAAAGAACCAGGUCGCGCUUGCACGGUCACCAGACUUGCAGGCCGCUGCCAAGGCGCGAUUCUACGAUGGCCUCGUUGCUCCUUUCUGCGACAUGCAGGCACCCUUAAGUGCACGUCAAUGUCUCGACCGAGUAUGCGAGCUUGGCUUUCGUCCGACAGCCAACUCUUAUGGCUCGAUGAUCGCCAGGCUGGAUGCGAGUGCAAGUACUGAUACAGCAUCCGACGCUCUCGCGCUGUUCCAUGAAGCUCUUUCUGUCAGUGUCGUUCCUGACAUAUACCUGUACAACACGGUCAUUGCCAAACUAGCAAGAGCGCGGCAUUUCGAAGAGGCUCUUCGACUGUUUCAAGAGCUUAAGCUGAAAGGAUUGACUCCGAAUGGAGUCACGUACGGUACAAUCAUCAACGCUUGCUGCCGGGUCGGUAACACUCACUUGGCAGAGUCAUUGUUCGAGGAAAUGGAACUGGAUUCACGCGUCAGCUCGCGCAUCGCCCCCUACAACACCUUAAUGCAGCACUUUGUCCGAGCUCGAAAGGAUCGCCCACGGGCUCUGCACUAUUGGAAGCGGCUAUUGGCUCAAAACAUCCCACCGUCUGUGCACAGCUAUCGAUUAUUGAUUGAGGCCUAUGGUCAGAUCGAGCCAGUCGAUGCUGACGGAGUCAAGCGCGUGAUGGAACUCAUGCGCUCCAACCGGGUCAAUAUCCAACCUGUCCAUCAUGCUGCCGUCAUCCAAAUGUACGGCUCCGCUGGCGAUCUCUCUGCGGCGAAGUCCUACUUUGAUCAGCUCGACGGCAUACCAAACUACAACAGCAGCCCUGUCCUUUAUCAAGCUCUGCUGGAAGCUUUUGUGCACAACAAGGAUCAAGUCAGCAUGGAGCAGCUUGUCAAGAGAAUGCAGGAGCAAAACAUGGAGCUUGAUGCCUAUCUUGCCAAUGUAGUCAUCGAAGGCUACGCGAACGGUGGGCGUCUUGACGAGGCUCGGUCUUUCUUUGAUUCACUUGAGGAGGGAACGGGUCCUCAGCAUAAAGAGCCGAGCACCUAUGCUGCCAUGACAAAAGCAUACUUGGCGCACGAUUGCCAUCAAGAGGCGCACACUAUUGUCGAGCUUGCUCGCAGGCAACGCUACCCUCCUGCGGUGCUGAAUAGGAUUGAGGCACUGCUACCGUGA